AAUAAUAUUUAAUUUUGUGUAAACAUCUUCUGAAGAUGUCUGAGAAGCAAACCAAUAGCUCUCCUAUUUUAUGGGAUCCUAGAGGUUUUCUAUUGCCAGUGCAGCGCGCAACAAAUUCCGUCAAUAAAGGCUCUGAGGUCGUGGGCUUAAAGAGUAAAGAGUUUGCGGUUUUGACGGUAUUUGCAACAUCAACGUCACUGACGGAUAAAUCGGUGACCAAGAUUGUGGCAAUAGAUUCCCAUGUUGGCAUAGCGAUUACUGGCAGGAAAACUGAUGCUCAAGUCAUCAUCGAAUAUCUUAAACUCGAGUGUAAAAAAUAUACAUACUACUUUGGGAAACCGUAUCCCGUGAACAGAUUAGUCGCCGAAUUAGGGAACACAAUGUUUCGAAAUAGCCAACGGAUAAGUUGCCAACCCUUUGAAGUAGGAAUACUAUUUGCCGGGUAUGAUGAGAGAGGUAGCCACAUUUACCAGGUAAUGCCCUCUGGCGAGUACUUCAACUGCAAAGCCAUGGUGAUUGGAGGUCGUUCUCAAACAGUUCGCAGUUACUUGGAGAGCAACCUGGAAUGCUUUCUCACUAGCACGAAGGAGGAUAUCAUAUGCGAGGCUAUUCGUGCCAUUAAUUGGGAAAUUCCCAGUGAAAAGCAGUCGCAUUUAAAUAUUGCAAUUGUUGGCGAAAACCAGAAAUUUGAGUUCCUUUCGGAAAAAGAAGAAAAUGUAGAUGAAAAAUGUAGAGGAUGUGAAUCAGUCCAAGAUUCAAUAUGUCAUUCGCAUAUUUCCUGAAAUUGCGACAUGAGAAAU